AUUUCUUUUAAGGAAUACGUUCUUGAGUGUUUGCGAAGCCUUUCAUAAUCAGGAACUUUUCAAGUGAUAAUAAAGUUUAAAUAGAAAGUGAUGAGCUGCAGCAGUUUUAAGCACACUUUGGAGCCCACCGUUACGGGGACUUCAGUCGUUGGAAUAAAGUAUACGAAUGGUGUAAUGGUUGCUGCAGACUGUUUAGGUUCUUACGGCUCACUUGCCCGUUACCAAUCUAUAUCACGCAUAUAUAAGAUGAACGAUCAGGUCGUCGUUGCAGCCUCUGGAGAUUAUGCUGAUUUUCAAUAUAUAAAGCAAACAUUAGAAGAAUUACAAGAAAGUAACGAUAGUUUGCAGGACAAACACAAACUUACGGCCAAAGCAGUUUUUAGCUACUUAACUCGGCUUAUGUACAAUCGACGCAGCAAUUUCAAUCCUUUGUGGAAUAAUUUUGUGGUUGCUGGUGUGGACGACAACAAAAUUUCUACUUUAGGAGCUGUUGAUUUACUAGGACUGGCCUUUGAAGAUGACACUGUAGGAACAGGAUUUGGUGCUUACUUGGCUUUGCCUUUACUGAGAGAGCAGUACGAAAAAAAUCCAAAUAUGACGGAAGAAGAAGCUCGAAAAUGUCUAGAGGACUCACUUCGCAUUUUACACUAUCGCGAUGCUCGUUCUUCAAAUAAGAUUGAGAUUGUAAAGAUUACCCCUGAAGGCGUAACAUUAUCCGACCCUUAUACUUUAGAAACCAAUUGGGAAAUUGCAGACCUCGUGUCUGGUUAUGAAUAAUUUUAGCAAAUUCUUGAAUCUGCAUAUACUUAAGAAGUGGUUUUGUGUAGGCUUUUUCAGCUUAUAGUGCAGUUCCUACAGG